UAAAUUCCGCAGCAACGCUAGAUUCGGGUAUCAACGCGUACUGCUACGAGUUUUCUUUGCGACCAAUCCAAAUGAAAAAGGCUAGAAGGGAUAGCUGCUCUUUACCGUUCUAUCGACGAGUCGAGCCACAGAGCGAGGGAACGAAGUCAUCUACAGUUGUUGCUACAGAUGAACUGUGUUCAUUGCACAAGUCAUUUAAAGAGGCUUUGCUGGAGUGCCGCAGUGCUGGAAGAGAAAAUAUUGAGUCUACACUGUCUGCACAUGCUUAUCACAAAGACUUGGACGCAACGAGUUUGGAUCCAUUGGGAAACAACUUGAAACUAUUACAUGUCUAUAGUAUACAUAUCUCUCCAGAUGUCAAUUUUCAACUUUCAAGGCCAACUACCAUAUUGUGUGGUGAGAGUGAGUAUAAGUUCCAGGGGUUUUGCUUGAUUUCUUCUGUAUCGCUAUCCCAAGUCCCUUGUUGUAAUUUUGUUCUUUUUGACACUACCUAUACUGCUAGUCUUACAGAAAUGCCAGACAACUCAAUAGAGAUGUUUUGUCUGGUUGAUCUAGACAUUCUCACAGAUUUUACUUUUUGUCAUUUGCUGGAUUUGUCUAGUUGGCAAGAACUUCAAAUAAAAGAAGAUAACAAUAGAUUGUAUCUGCUGCCUUGUUUCAGUCUGGAGGAUGCAGGUUGGAAACAAUACAGAGAACAGUCGUCUGUUGCAUUUUUGCCAACAGGAAGAAUUAUGCAACACAUUUUGGAGAGUAGUCAGCAUGAUAUUAGCUACAGUACAAAAUACGAUAUCAUUGAUGAGCUGUUUAUUUGGCCACAGAAGGCACCAUCUGCUAUACGUGUUGAUGACAUUCAAAAUCAAAAUGAUGGACGUUACAUCAUUCACUGGAGUAAUAGCAGAAGAGUUUUCAAUUCUCAAGAACAUAAUGACAAAGUUUUGUCAGAAACAAGAAAAUACAAAAGAUGUCAUAGGAAACAGAGGAUGGGAUUGUCAGUAGGUAGCAAGAAAAGUUACCAUAUGGAUCAUUUAAGGGGCCAAACAAAUAGUGGAGUGAAUCAGAGAGUGCAGCAGGUGUCUUGUCACGUGAGUGGUGGAAAGAGAACAGGUCUGAAGAGUGACAUUACACAGAAUGCUCUGGUUAUGCCAGCAGUGUUUGAACAUAUUCGUCAUUUUUUAUCACUGGCUUCUUUGGAGUCUGAUUUGUCGUACACAUUUAAAGACAAAUCACUACUACAGACAUCUCUUACACAUUCAUCAUUUACUGUUGGCGUAGGUAACAUUGAGUCUAGUCUUAUUCAACGAGCUUACACCAACUGUGGUCCAAGAUACAUUAUGUAUGGUUCUUGUCAAGUUUCGCGACUGUACAAAAAGAAGCAAAGUUACUGUAAAUUGUCUGGAUUGAAGGUGGAAGAUUGUAGUAUAGAAUCAUUUGUUGAUGGACAUAAUCAAUGUUUGCAAUUUCUGGGAGAUGCGGUGAUCUACUACGUAACGACCUUGCACUUGUUUCAUUUGUUUCCUGAUUUGUCAGAAGGCAGCCUAUCGAUGUACAGAAAAGCAAUUGUAGAGAACACACACUUGACCAUUCUUGCUAAGGGUACUGGCUUGAAUUGCUACAUGAGAGCACAUGUCAGUAACAAUGAACAGGAUGGCUGUUUAGCUGGAUGCCUUAAAGCUGUUUUUGGAGCAAUAUAUUUAGAUGGAGGAAUGCCGCUGUGUCAGAAAUCGAUAGCACAGGUGUUGUUUCAAGAUAUUCCGCAAUUGGAAGAAGUUUGGAUGAACUACUCACGUCAUCCGUUGCAGCGGGAGGCUGGUGGAGAUAGACAUCUUAUAGAGAAAUCUUUAUUUUUGAAGGAGUUAACUGGACUGGAAUGUUCUAUUAAUGUUCAGUUUCAUCAUAUCUGUCUUCUGGCACGGGCUUUUACCCAUAGUUCUGUGGGUUUCAAUUACCUUACAUUAGGUAGCUAUGAGAGAUUGGAGUGGUUGGGAGAUGCUGUGUUACAGUUGCUUGUAUCCAACCACUUGUAUGAAAGAUUUCUGAACUAUGAUGAAGGCUACUUAACGCUGCUGAGGACUAGUCUUGUAAAUCGAAUUGUUCAGUUUCAAGUUGCUGUGGAGCUUGGGCUAGACAAGUACAUCAAAGUUGGACAAAGAAAGCUUGAGAGAGGGUCAAAAUUAUUAUCAGAUGUCUUUGAAGCAUUUAUUGCAGCUCUUCUACUUGAUCAAGGGAUGGAAGUCGUUGCAGUUUUUGUGGAUGUCUGCCUUUUUCAACGACUACAGCAUGAAAGAAGCUUAAGCAUGCAGAAGUGAGUGAUGGUCAAGAUAUACCAGUAAGAAUAAGGAAGAUGCUGCAUCAGCGCAACGUAUACAGCCCAUUGACUAUGGCUACUAUUCAAAAGGCAGUUUACUGACUGAAUCAGCUUUGCUCCAGCUUAAUUAAUUUUUUAAAAUAAUUUUUUUAUUAUACUGUGCAGUGUACUACGUAUGUACUCUUGAAGGCAUCUAGUGCAACAGCUUCAGUGGUACUUUAAUUAAUGACAAUUUGUUUGUCUAUAUAGACCGGUUCAUGGUAUUAAUAACUAACCACUCUCGCUCGAUUUUCUACAAAA